AUGAUCCAUCGUACGCACAUAUGCAUGGAAGUGAGCCCGAAAAUCAACGGUAAAAGCAAUGAGAAUUUAGGCGUUCUGGAGGUCGUCAUUUCUAUCGCAGUCGUCUGCAGCAUUACUGGUACUGCAGCUUUGACGAGUAGUGGAAUGAGCCUUCGAGGAGGACGUGUGAAAAGAGCUGCAACGAAGGAAUGUACUCAGAAACAUAUUGUGAAGUGCCACAAAGAUACUAACAGUCAAUGGUAUUUCUUGGUUGGCUGGUUUGAUAGCUAUGUCCAAAGCACUUGCUCUACAGUAUGCGGAGAAGCAGAAGCACCUCAUUCCAUACAAAAGGAUUUGGCUCCAGAGAGCGAUUGUCUAGUCAUUACGUGCACCUGCACCUUUCUGAAAUGCGGAAUACAGUGUUUCAUAGGACGGCACUGUUAUUCGUCUACAACUUCUCUGUUGCCCAGUUCAACCACUGUAGCAUCGACAAUUAGACAUACGGCAAAGAUUGUUCCUCUGUCUAACUCCACAACAUCAACUAGCAGCGGUAUGAGCAAGAGCAUUAACAGUGUCACGAGAGCCCCACAUAAUGGGACUUCUGAGAGAACCACUUUCUCAGCAGCUCACCUAUCUCGAUCGACGCUACAGACAACUCUGCACACACUACCACCUAUUUCGCCUUCUUCAGAAACUCUAUUUUCUUCAGCCUACACAGUCCCUGAAAAGGCAACCAGCGUAACAUCUACAGGGACGGGAAGCACAAAACCGAGCAAGAAACCUAUUUAUGUAUGGCCGAUUAAACCACUAUGGACAUUUGCAACAUUCGAAGCAACAGUCUUCACCACGAUUGCCAAUGAAAAGACUACUGUACUGGCAAGUAAAGAACAAAGUCCAUCACACAGUUCCGCUGCAGUGCAAUCCUCUUCAUUGUCAACACCGAGCUCUGCAAGAGUGAAAAGUACAACAUAUUCGAAACAAACAAUUUCGUCACCGCCCAACAACUGCAAGAACCAUGAAGACAAGCGAGUUUUCCCGGCAGACCCUUAUGGAGAGCACAACGACAACUACAGCCUUUGA